AUGUCAAAAUUCUAUUCAUCAUUAACAGUACUAUUACUGUUCUUGAAAAAUUCAUCAAAUGCGUCAAUAUUUCAACAGGCAAGUCGUAGCAGAUGUGAACCAAUCGAAAUACCACUUUGUAAGGAUAUUCCUUAUAAAUAUACAUUUUUUCCGAAUUCUUUACUUCAGCCUGAUCAGCAAAGUCUUCAAACUCAAACAGAGCAUUUUAAGCCGCUUAUUAAGACAAAAUGUAAUCCGCAUAUCAAAUUCUUCGUAUGUAGCGUAUUUGCACCGAUGUGUCCCGAGCAUAUGCCUCAAGCAGUUACAAGUUGUCGAUCUGUUUGUGAAGAAGUUAAAAGGGAUUGUGUAUCAAUAUUAGAAGAAUUCGGAAUUGAAUGGCCAGAGCUGCUAAAUUGUAGCCGUUUUCCAGAAGCACCGCAUCUUUGUAUGAAACCAACUAACGAUCAUAAUAAUUAUUUGGGAAGUCGAAUAUAUUUAAAAGCAGUACCAACGUGUCCAUCGGAUAUGAUCAAUUUAGACCCGACAGACCGUAGCGCCCAUUGUGCUUUUCAGUGUAAUCGUGAUGGGAUGUUCGAACGAAAUCGCAGAGAAUUCACCAAAUUCUGGAUGCUUUUAUGGGCUUCAGUAAAUCUUGGAGUUACGGCAUUCACGGUUCUUACAUUUCUCAUCGAUCGGCAACGGUUUCGAUUUCCCGAAAGGUCAAUUUUCUAUUUAUCUGCAUGCUAUAUGCUUUACUCGUUGCCUACACUAAGUCGGGGCUUUUUCACCUAUGAGAGAAUUGCUUGCGAUCGUAUCCCUACAGGUCAAUUAUUUCUGAUCGUUGGAACGUUGGAUAAUACACGCUGUGUUAUAUCUUCCAUAUUGACGUAUUACUUUUCGAUGGCAUGCAGUCUUUGGUGGCUUAUGCUUACCUUUACUUGGUACCUGUCGGCUGCAAGAAAAUGGGUGCCUGAAGGUAUUGAAGCUUGGAGCAGCUAUUUGCAUUUGGUUGCGUGGGCAUUACCUGCAUUACUUACUAUUGCUGUAUUAACUGCCCAUAAAGUUGAUGCAUCAGAAUUAACAGGAAUUUGUUCGGUAGGCAAUGCUGAUCCAUGGGCUUUACUUGGUUUCGUUAUUGUACCAAAGUUUAUUUUUGUAGUUGUUGGUAGUUGCUUAAUUAUUGCUGGCUUCUCGAGUAUGUGUCGGGAAAGGGAUUCUUUUAGAAGACGAGGGACCGACACAUCCAAAUUAGAGAAACUUAUGGUUAAAAUGGGCAUAUUUAGUGCGCUUUAUAUAAUUCCAGCAAUAACGAUGAUAAUUUGCGACAGUUAUCAUAUGUUUGUUCUUCUUAAGUGGCAUCCUAAUACAAUUGCUUGCAAGCAAUUCGGCGGAUUUUGUAAUAGGCCUGAACCACCUCAGAUAGAACUAUAUAUUAUAAAUAUCUUUAUGUCACUGGCUGUGGGUAUCGCGACGGGGAUGUGGAUUAUUUCUCCAAAGACAUUUUAUACAUGGCAACGUGUUUUAUGCUGUGGUUUAUGUUCGACUGCUCCAGCAAAACAGAGCGCUGUUGGCUGUGAAUCUGUUGCUGGUUCAUCUGGGCCUUUCUCUUUGAAUCGACCUUUAAUACCGUCAGCCAAUCCUCCACCCCCACCUCACCAAUACAUGCCUAUGACUAUUUCAACAGCUCGAUCAAAUCAUGUUGCAAGUUCUCAAUUAGCUUGGAAACAAUCUAAGAUUGUUUAG